UUAACGGACCUCACGUACAAAAUGCUGGGCUUAACCGUGAUAUAUGUACCUCUGGAGAGUAGGGAGUUCACCGCGGAGGAGAACGGCGCCGAUAAGGAGUUGGUGAAGAGGCUGGAGGGUGUGGUGGCGCACUGGAACACCCAAAUCAAAAUAGCCCUCUCUGACCAAAAUUCGACGACGCACGAGUUACUGCACCUCGACGACGAAUAUGACUUCUGGACUUAUCGAUAUGACAACCUCUGCGGCUUGGAAUACCAGCUGCAUAAUAACACGGUGGCGCUCAUUAUCGACAUAUUAUUGGCUGCACAGUCCACUUACGUGCGCCAAUUCCAGAUGUUGAAGGAGGAAAUCGAGCACGGCAUAGCCGAAGCGAAAUCGAACAUCGAGUUUCUGAGCAUUUUGAAGGACACUUGCGCCGAGUUGAAGACUUGCGCGACUCCUGCGAGCGUGGCUCAAUAUCUGCCAAAAAUGAUGCAUCUCUUCAGGACGAUUUGGCUCAACUCGCCCUAUUACAAUACUCGCGAGAGGAUAAACAAUCUCUUCAACGCGUUCAGCAACCAGGUCGUCGUCAUGUGCAAGGACUUUAUCGAUCUGGCAGAAGUAUUUGCGGGAAAAACUAGAAAGAGCAUGAAGGUCCUUGACGAGUGUAUCAAACUGUGCGAGAACUAUAAAACUUUCUACUACAAAAUCGCGAACGCUCAUAUCAAUCUCACGCGCCACCCUUGGGAUUUAGACACGGAGAGCAUAUUUCGUUACAUCGACAUUUUCAUCGGCAGGUGUCAGAAUAUGAUCGAGAUUUGUCAAGCAAUGAUUGAUUUUGCAAGGUUAGACGAGAUCACUGAGAUUUCAAGCCCUAAAUUCAGUGGUACAAAUGGCGAAGAACACGAAAGAGUAUGUCAGAAGAUCGAAAGACUUUUUUACGAAGCUUUACACAGAAUUAAAGCAAAUUCUCACAAAAUGUUCGCUGUUCGCGAUUCUACAUGGCGUGAUAAUAUGCUCGAAUUUCGCUCCGAAAUGAGGGAUUUCGAGAUAAUGAUCGAAAACUUAGUAGCCUCUGUCUUCAUGAACGUUAAUAACGUUCAGGAGGGGAUCGAAAAUUUGCGGAGCUUCUACAAUUAUCUUAAUCGUGAGAAUUUGAAGCCGUUGUUUGAGAACAAGAAUACCAGUAUAUGGCAGAUUUUUGCCAACGAUAUUCAACGGACAAAGCAGGAGGUCCUGCACGAGAGGGAAGAAUAUCCUUCAAUCACUCCGUACUACGCUGGCAGAGCGUUGAAUCUUCGUCUGAAAGGUGACCGCCUGCUAUCGACGCGAAGGAUGUUAGAGGAGGCCGAGUGGAUGCCCUAUUGCGGCAUGAGCGAGGAGAUCUAUCAUCAGGAAGACAUCGUGAUCAGAUCCAUCGGGGACUCUAUGAAGGAUCUAUACACAAAAUGGCUGCACGAUGUCGGUGAAAAUCCGCGCGCGCGACUCGACCGCUUCCUGAUGCGGCGGAGCGAUAGUAAAUCCGGCCUACUGGAGUGUAAUAUCGAUCGGAAUAUUCUGAAUCUAUGCCGCGAGUGUUCCUACUGGAUCAACUUGAGAUUCAAUAUACCCGUGCAUAUACAAUUGAUAUACGACAAGUGGAGCACACUGCAUUUCAUAUACGAGAGUGUCCUCGCCGUCACGCUCGCAUACAACAAGAUUAUCGAAGCAUUGUCGCUGACAGAACGUGCGCUGUUUCGCGAAUUAAUUCGGCAGCUCGACCGGAAGAUCAAUCCCGGCUUAACCAAGCUGACGUGGAACACGGAUUACGUGGACGUAUACAUUGAGAAUUGUUUCAACGAAACGGCCAAUUUUCAGGAGUUUAUCGACACUUACAAGAACUCGAACUUCGAGAUCGUAAGAAUCUGCGAGAACAUCUGCGACAUUCCUAUGAUCAAGAUAAGAGUUAAUUACACGUACACAUUGUCUGCGCUGGAGGAGGAACUCUUGCACGUAAGAGAUGAAGCGUUCCAGGCUGUGACACAAAGACUCGACAUGGUAUUUCUAUACAUCAUGGAGAUCUAUGAGGGCUUCAGGCAUGUGAUGGAGGAGAGUCACGAAGAGUGGAGAGACUAUUUAAUGAAAAUCGAUAGAAUAAUCGAGGAAGCCAUUAGAUUAUGUUUGAAAAGUUCUUUGACCAUCAUGUUCGAAGCACUUCAUGGCACGGGCAUGACAGGACCUUCACCUCUUCUAUUAGUGCAAGCAGAUAUUAUCGAUAACAAAAUAACCUUAAUGCCAAGUCUCUUGGAGAUAGCUAUAGUAAUAGGAAAUAUUUCGAACAUUUUGCUGGAGCCGUUGAAAGAUGUCUCACAGCUAGUUAAGAAGUUUAAAAUGCUUCAAGAUGAGAGUCUUUCCUUUUUGAAAUUGUACAAGGAAGACCCAGAACUGAUCGAACUCCAACAGAAGCUCAAUAAUGAAGUAAGCUACUGUUUUGCUCAAGUGCAAUAUUAUCUCAAGACUUGGGAACCUUAUAAAGAUAUAUGGGAGGUGAAUAAAGACCUGUUCAUCCAAAGAUAUGAAAAAUUGAAACCAACAGCGGCAUCUUUCGAAACGGACAUAAGUAAAUAUCUGGAUGUGGUAGAUAGCGUCCAACUACAGGAAACGAUGACAACAGUGCAUUUCCUGGAUAUAAAUUCUGAUGGAUUGAAAGCCACCAUCAUCGAGCACUGUUCAAUCUGGCAGCAGAAGCUUACCACGCUUUUAUUACGCAUGACCGAUGCAAUGGUCGAUCACGUUUAUCAUUACAUCGCUGAAAAUUCCGCAAAAAUAACGAAGGAACCGACGGAUCUCAUCAGCAUGCAAUCCGCGUUGCAAUUGUUCGAGAGGCUCACCGCCGAGAUUCCGAAAGAGGAGGAAGAGUUCCCCAAGAUCCAGGAACAGUGCCAAACUUUGGGAAAAUACGAAGUGCCGCUGACUUUCGAAUUCAGGAGAAAAUUGAAAGAUAUCGACCGUUCUUGGGCAGCUUACUUGGAGUUACUUGCUACGUGCGAAGUUACUCUGCUCGAAAAAGAAGAAGAAUUUAAGCAAAUAUUACUGACUAACGUGGCGAUGUUGCGAGAGGAUGCAUUCUCCUUGGUGCGCAGAUUUAAUGAUACCGGGCCCUUCACGUCUGACUGGAAUUCAAAGGAAGCUUUGAGUUGGCUAGCCAAUUUCUGGAGGGAGAUUCAUUCUCUGAGAGACAGAGAAAGCUUAUUAAAAUCACAGUUGACAUUUUUUGGCAUAAGUUAUCCGGAUUCACGAGAGCUCGCGCAACUUGAUAAAGAUGUAGCUGUGAUCGAAUUGGUGUGGCAAUUGACGGACGAAUGGAACGACGCCUGGGAACGCUACAAAACCGGAAAUUUCUGGACGAUAGAAAUUGAAGAGAUGGACACAACCGCUAAUCUCCUCCUCCGGAAACUCACGAAACUCUGCAGGGAGCUCAAGGAAAAGAAUUGGGAGAUCGUCGAGAAUAGCAGAUCGAAGGUUGAUAAAUUUCGACGUACAUUACCGCUGAUAACGGAACUGAAGAAUCCGGCGAUAAAGCCGAGGCAUUGGAAGCGAGUGAAAGAUACAAUUGAUCGAGACUUCGAUGAGAUGUCGGAGAACUUUACUUUGGACGCGAUUGCUAAAAUGCAAAUGCAUAAUUUUGCGGAGAAGAUCAGUGAAAUCUCUCAUGCGGCCACGAUGGAGCUGGCUAUUGAAAUUGGACUUCAACAUAUUAAAGAUACUUGGGAAACGAUAUCGAUUACGAUGCUUCCGUACAAAGAUAAAGGAAUAUACAGAUUGAAAGCUAUAGACGACCUCAUGCAAACUUUGGAGGAUCAUCAGGUGCAGCUCUCGUCUAUGAAGUCAACGAGAUUCGUAGAACCAUUUGCGCAGCAAGUCGACUACUGGGAACGAACACUGUCGACGAUCGGCGAAGUUUUGGAAAUGGUGCUGGUAGUACAGAGGAAAUACAUAUAUAUGGACAAUAUAUUCACCAGCGAGGACAUCAGAAAACAGCUCCCAAAGGAGACGGACGAUUAUGAUAAAAUCACAAUCAUGUUGGCUGAGCUUACGUCAAGGAUGGCUUCCCAUGGCUUGGCAUUGUCCGCCACUCACGAUCCGCCUGGCUUGCUGGAAAUCCUGAACAAACUCGAUGACAAGUUGGAGGCGUUGCAGCAAGCGCUUGAGCAAUACCUAGAGACCAAGAGACGCGUAUUCCCGAGGCUCUACUUCAUCUCGAACGACGAUCUGCUGGAGAUCCUAGCACACUCUAAACGACCGGACCUCAUACAGCCGCACAUAAGGAAACUCUUCGCGAACAUCAAGUCGUUGAAGCUCAGCAAGUCGGUGAUUGGAAAACAUAUAGUUUAUGGCAUGUAUUCCAACGACGAUGAAUACAUUGAAUUCGUCGAUCCGAUUUACUUGGAGGGUCAAGUCGAACAUUGGCUGCGCAAUACCGAGGCCGCAAUGAGGGUGACUCUGCGCGAAGUGUUGAGGCAGUGUCGGACAGCGCUGCGAAAAAUGCUCGCGAAACGCGACAGGUGGGUGAAAGAAUGGCCGGGCCAGCCGGGCAUUACGUCCACUCAAAUCCAAUGGACGAGCGACUGCACGCGGACCCUGCUGCACUGCAAAAUGACAGACUCGAAGAAGCCGUUGAGAAAGCUGAGGAAGAAACAGAAUCAGGCGUUAGACAAAUACUCGGAAGCUAUACGGGGCGACCUGACUAAGCUGGAUCGGCUCAAGUUCAAGGCCAUUGUCGUUAUCGAGAUACACGCGAGAGAUGUAAUCGAACUGAUGUACAAAAUGAAUUGCAAAGAUGUGACUGCUUUCGAAUGGCUGUCGCAGCUAAGAUUCUAUUGGGAAAAGGACAUCGACAAUUGUAUCGUCCGGCAAACGAACACUCAUUUCGUAUAUGGUUACGAGUAUUUAGGUAACACCGGAAGACUUGUAAUAACUCCGUUGACAGAUCGAUGUUAUGUCACGUUGACAACAGCGCUUCAUUUAUAUCGUGGCGGGAGCCCAAAGGGACCUGCUGGUACCGGAAAAACUGAAACGGUAAAGGAUCUGGGAAAAGCGCUCGGUUUUAAUGUAAUCGUACAGAAUUGCUCGGAAGGGCUGGACUACAAAAGUAUGGGUAGAUUAUUUUCUGGACUGGCGCAAACCGGCGCCUGGGGAUGCUUCGACGAAUUCAAUCGAAUUAACGUGGAAGUGCUAUCGGUAGUGGCGCAACAAAUACUAUCGAUACUGACCGCUCUCGCCCAGAGACUUACGAGAUUCAUUUUCGACGGCACCGAUAUAGCCCUCGUACACACCUGCGGCAUCUUCAUCACAAUGAAUCCUGGUUACGCCGGACGUACCGAACUUCCAGAAAAUUUAAAGUCCAUGUUCCGACCAAUCUCGAUGAUGGUGCCGGACAGCAGCAUGAUCACCGAAAUUAGACUGUUUGGCGAAGGAUUUCGAGAUACGCGCGUGUUGGCCAGAAAGGUCUUUACUUUAUACUCUCUCGCUCAGCAGCAGCUUAGCAAGCAAAAUCACUAUGAUUUCGGUUUGCGAGGCAUAGUAACACUGACUCGAUACGCUGGCAAAAAGAAAAGGCUGUAUCCCAAUUUGCCUGAUGACGAGGUAAUUAUUCUCGCAAUGAGAGAUAUGAACAUCGCCAAGCUCACCUCGGACGAUUUACCACUAUUUCUCGAUAUCACUACAGAUCUUUUCCCCAACGUAGACAUUCCGACCGUGGAUUACGAGGAAAUUAUCAGUUAUAUAACCAACGAGGCAAUCAAGCUGAAGCUGCAGCCAAUUCCCAUGAUGGUGACGAAAGUCAUCGAGCUGUACGAGACUAAGAGCUCGCGUCACUCAACGAUGAUCGUCGGCGCGUCAAACACCGCAAAAACCGCAACCUGGAAGAUUUUACAGAAUACGAUGACGACGAUGAAGAGCGAUGGAAAGCCGGGCUUUAACACCGUUCACGUACAUCCCAUUAAUCCUAAGGCACUGAGUCUCAGUGAACUCUACGGCGAGUACAAUCUUUCCACCGGAGAAUGGCUCGACGGGGUGAUAUCGUCCAUCAUGCGGAAAACUUGUUCCGAGGAUACCGCCGACGAAAAGUGGAUCCUCUUUGACGGACCCGUGGACGCUGAUUGGAUUGAGAACAUGAACAGUGUCAUGGACGACAACAAGAUGCUGACGUUAAUAAAUAACGACCGUAUCGCCAUGCCCGAUCAAGUGUCGUUGCUCUUCGAGGUGCAAGACUUGGCUGUCGCUUCGCCCGCGACGGUUUCCAGGGCAGGCAUGGUUUAUAACGAUUACAAGAAUCUCGGUUGGCGUCCGUACGUCGAUUCCUGGCUGCAAAAGUAUGCUGCACAGCCGGAAUUCAUCGAAGAGAUGAAUCAGCUGUUCACGAGCCACGUUAACGUCACGUUGGAAUUUAAGCGGCGGAAUUGCGAGGAACUCGUGCCUGUUCCCGAAUUGAGCGCCGUUCAAUCGCUCUGCAAACUUCUCGAAGUAUUCGCGACGCCGCAAAACGGCGUUGAAUUGGGCGAGGAUCGCGAUGCCUUCUCUAGUAUAUGCAAAAUGUGGUUUUUCUUUUGCAUGAUAUGGUCACUGUGCGCCCCGGUCGACGAGGAAGGUCGUCAGAAGAUAGACAGUUUCAUAAGAGAGAUCGAAAGUUUCUUUCCGUUGCGAGACACAGUUUACGAGUACUACGUGGACUUCCGGCAACGUAAUUUCAUUUCGUGGGAGAAAAAAUUGUCCCCAGCAUGGAAAUUUCAAUCUGACGCACCGUUUUACAAGAUAAUAGUGCCUACCGUGGACACGGUACGAUACGAUUACAUCGUAAGUUCCCUGCUAUCGAAUGGUUUUCCGGCACUCGUAGUGGGUCCAGUGGGUACUGGAAAAACGUCCACUAUCCGUUCGGCGCUCGAGCUUCUAGACGACACGAAAUACGCUGUUCUGCUUGUAAACAUGUCAGCGCAAACUACAUCCAAUAAUGUACAGGAUGCCAUAGAAAGCAGACUGGAGAAGCGAACGAAAGGUGUUUACAUUCCCACAGGCGGUAAAACCAUGAUCGCUUUUAUGGACGAUUUCAAUAUGCCCAUGAAAGAGAAAUACGGCUCGCAGCCGCCGCUUGAAUUGAUUCGACAGUUGAUUGAUUAUGGAUUUUGGUACGAUCGUGCGAAGCAAACAAGAAAAUACAUCCAAAAGAUACAAUUAAUAGCAGCGAUGGGACCACCUGGCGGAGGUCGCAACAUUAUCACGAAUCGAUUGCUCACAAAGUUCAACGUCAUUAACGUGACUUUCCCAACCGAAAAGCAGAUUAUAAGGAUUUACGGCACGAUGUUGAACCAACAGCUUUCCGAAUUUCACGCCGAAGUGAAAGGGAUAUCAAACGAGAUAACAUGUGCCACUAUUGAGUUAUACAAUUACGUGGUCCAGAAGAUGCUUCCUACUCCAACGAAGAUGCACUACUUGUUUAAUCUACGAGAUAUUUCGAAGGUUUUCCAAGGUUUGUUGCGCAGCCAUAAGGACUAUCAGUAUUCGAGGCAGACCUUUCUGCGAUUGUGGGUUCACGAGAGUUUCCGAGUUUUCUGCGAUCGGCUUAUUGACGAGAAGGACAGAGAGUGGUUCGUGACUCAGCUGAACGAUCAGCUUGGGAAGUACUUUGAGUUGACCUUUCAUAAUGUCUGUCCGGAAAAGAGAUGUCCUCUUUUUGGUAAUUUCAUGAACGCCUGGAACAUAUACGAGGACCUUUCGGAUAUCAGUGCCGUAAGACGCCACAUGGAGGGACAAAUGGACGAGUAUAAUGUUUCUCCCGGUGUGGUGCGCCUCAAUCUCAUUCUGUUUCGCGAUGCGAUCGAGCAUGUGUGUCGCAUCGUUCGUGUAAUAUCGCAGCCCCGCGGUAAUGCCCUUCUGGUUGGAAUUGGUGGCAGUGGCAGACAAUCGCUUUCACGUAUUGCCAGUUACAUAUGCGAUCUGUCCACCUAUCAAAUUGCCGUUACGGAGCAUUAUAGAAUACCGGAAUUUCGCGAGGAUCUCAAGACUCUGUACUCGAUAGUUGGAGUGGAGAACAAACCGACCAGUUUCCUCUUCAACGACACCCAAGUGGUGGAGGAGCAGUUUCUGGAGAUUGUCAACAAUAUGCUGAGUACUGGCGAAGUGGCUAAUCUCUACAAGAGCGACGAAAUGGAGGACAUUAAAAACAGGCUAUCGAAGGAAGUAACGAAGACUGGAAAGAUACCAACGAGCGAAACGGUAUAUUCCUUUCUGAUCGAGAGGGCGCGUGCCAAUAUGCAUUUGAUCCUGUGCAUGAGCCCGAUCGGCGAUGCCUUCAGGAACAGAUUACGGCAGUACCCUGCCCUGAUCAAUUGCACGACCAUCGAUUGGUUCUUGGAAUGGCCGAGAGAAGCUCUCCUCGAAGUUGGCAACAAGUUCCUCAUGAAUCUCAAUCUGACGCUCACUAUCACCGGCGAAAAUAAAGUGGAACCGCGGCAAUCCGCGACGGCUAUUCCAUUGCCACCAUUGCAGGACCGAAUGCGCGAUGGAAUUGCAGCAUCAUUCUCUUUGAUCCACGACACGGUGUCCCAAUUCUCUCGCAGAAUGGCCGCGGAAAUGAAGCGUUACAAUUACGUGACUCCCGUGAAUUUUAUCGAAUUGGUAGUCGGCUAUAAAAAGAUGUUAGCGGAAAAAAGACAAGAUUUAGCAGAUCAAGCGAACAAACUUCGCGGUGGUCUCUCGAAGAUCGACGAUACCCGGGUGAAAGUUAAAGAAAUGGCGGCGGAGCUCGAAGUCACUCAGCAGCAAGUUCAUAAAUCUACGAGAGAGUGUGAAGAAUUCCUCGUAACGAUAGUGAACCAACGACGUGACGCUGACGAAACGCAGAAACAAGUCGCUGCCAAAUCGCAACGCAUCGCCGAAGAGCAGAAAGAAUGCAAAAAGCUCGAGGAGCUUGCGCGAGCUGAUUUAGCGUCCGUCGAACCUGCUUUGAACGAAGCCGUUAAGGCGUUGGAAGCAUUGAGCAAAAAAGAUUUAGCAGAAAUAAAAUCUUUUACGCGUCCACCGCCAAAAGUCGAGAUGGUAAUGGAAGCUGUGAUGAUCCUAAAGAACUCGGAACCGACAUGGGCGGAAGCAAAACGCCAACUUAGCGACGUGAACUUCAUUAAUACACUUCGAGACUUUGACAAAGAUCAUAUAUCGGACAGAGUUCUACGAACAAUAGCCAAGUACACAUCCAAUCCCGAAUUCGAUCCUGCAAAGGUCGGUGCGGUCUCCGUAGCAGCCAAGUCGCUUUGUAUGUGGGUGAUAGCUAUGGAAAAAUACGGCAAACUAUACAAGAUUGUGGCACCGAAACGGGAAAAACUGUGGGCCGCGCUAGAGUCACUGAAGCAGAAGGAAAUGGCCUUAGACGAGGCAAUGCAGCAGCUGCAGAACUUACACGAACAGCUCGAGAGAUUACAGAGAAUGUACGACGCGAAGAUGAAAGAAAAGGAGGAUUUGAUUAGGCUGGCUGAAAUGUUAAAACUGAAAUUGGAGCGUGCGGCGAUGCUAGUGGACGGACUUUCCGAAGAACGAAUUCGAUGGGAAAAUACAGUGGCGUCGUUAGCCGAGUCUUUCGAGUGGCUACCCGGUGAUUGCUUGAUAUCAACUGGAUUCGUGUCGUAUCUGGGCCCGUUUGUGUCCAAUUAUAGACAGGAACUAAUAAGUAUUUGGUCUAAAGAAGUGCAAGAUAGAGAAAUAUCAACGUCGCCAAAUCUAGAUGUGAGGGAGUUCCUAGCUGAUCCGUCGACAAUCAGGGAGUGGAACAUUCAGGGAUUACCGUCUGAUGGAUUUAGCACGGAGAACGGCAUCAUAGUGACGCGAGGAACGCGUUGGCCCCUCGUAAUCGAUCCACAAUGUCAAGCGGUGAAGUGGAUCAAAAAUAUGGAAGCAAAAAACUCACUGAAAGUAAUCGACUUUGGUCAAGCGGGCUUUAUGAGAGUUCUGGAACAAGCAAUUCAGUUCGGAAACCCAGUACUGCUCGAAAAUAUCGGAGAGACCCUCGAUCCAGGCUUGAACCCGAUUCUCCAAAAAGCUUUCAUUAAAUCAGGUGACCAAAUGAUGAUCAAAGUUAACGAUAGAAUGAUCACUUACAAUGAACAAUUCCGUCUAUUUAUGACUACAAAACUCUCAAAUCCCCACUACGCUCCAGAGAUAUCAACUAAAACGACAUUAUGCAACUUCACUAUUAAGGAGCAGGGUCUCGAAGCGCAACUACUAGGAAUCGUGGUCAGGAAGGAGAAGCCGCAACUCGAGGAACAAAAAGACAAUCUGGUCCUUACGAUUGCAUCCGAUAAAAAGACCCUCAAAGAACUAGAGGACAAAAUACUUCACCUGCUCAGCGUGGCGGGAGAAUCUCUGUUGGACGAUUUAAACUUGCUGAACACCCUGCGGACAUCAAAGGCAACAUCUAUCUCCAUUCAGGAAUCUUUAGCUGUUAGUGAACGGACAGAAAAAGAGAUAGAUCUAGCGAGAGAGGGAUAUCGACCAUGCUCGAAACGUGCCGCGAUCCUUUUUUUCGUCCUGAACGACAUGAGCGCUAUCGAUCCCAUGUAUCAGUUCUCCCUCGAUGCAUACAACGCUCUGUUUAUGCUCUCCAUCGACAAGAGCCCCAAAAGAACAAAUUUGUCCGAGAGGAUCGAUAGCUUGAACGAGUAUCAUACCUACGCGGUUUACAGGAACACGUGCCGAGGUCUGUUCGAGCAGCACAAGCUACUUUUCUCUUUUCACAUGUGCGUCAAGAUAUUGGAUGCGCAGGGUAAGAUCAUCCCAGGAGAAUACGCGUUUCUGCUGUGCGGCGGGAUCGUGCUGGACCGAGAAAAUCAGCCGGACAAACCCGUGCCUUGGCUGCCGGAUGAAACUUGGGACAACGUCACCGAACUCGACAAGCUGCCCGGAUUUCACGGACUCGUAUCUUCUUUUGAACAACUCCCGCGAGACUGGCACAAUUGGUACAUCAGCACGGAGCCGGAAACUAUACCGCUAGUCGGAGAAUGGGAGGAAGUGUGCACCGAGUUUCAGAAAAUGUUAUUCAUUCGCAGCUGUCGACCUGACAGAAUAUCUUCCUGCAUCACGACUUAUAUCAUGCGCAAUCUCAGUCAACGUUUUGUAGAACCUCCUGUACUUGACCUAAAAGCGGUGCUAGAUGAUUCCAUAGCACAGACACCAUUGAUAUUCGUGCUUUCGCCCGGCGCGGAUCCUAUCAGUGCACUCAUACAAUUAGCUGACAGUCAGAGCAUGACUGCUCGAUUGAUGACGUUAUCAUUAGGUCAAGGGCAGGCGCCUAUUGCCACAAACAUGAUAGAAAUCGGUGCCAAAGAAGGAUCUUGGGUAUUUCUCGCGAAUUGUCAUCUCUCGCUCAGUUGGAUGCCCAAACUCGAUAAGAUCGUGGAAACGCUUAGUUCACGACAAACUUUGCACCCAAGAUUUAGAUUAUGGCUUAGUUCGAGUCCGACUCCUCAAUUUCCUAUAUCGAUCCUUCAAGCCGGGAUAAAAAUGACCACUGAGCCACCGAAAGGAUUAAAAGCCAACAUGAAGCGCCUUUAUGGUUUAAUCACCGAGACGCAGUUCGACUUGUGCCAAGAAAAGUCUAAAUAUAAAAAGCUGUUAUUCGCAUUGGUCUUUUUCCACUCUAUUCUUCUAGAGCGAAAGAAAUUCCAACAACUCGGUUGGAACAUUGUCUACAGUUUUAACGAUUCUGAUUUCGAGGUUUCCGAGAAUCUGCUGCAAGUUUACCUGGAUGAAUAUCCAGUCACACCGUGGGAAUCUUUGAAAUAUCUCAUAGCAGGUGUUUGCUAUGGUGGUCACGUGACCGACGACUGGGAUCGCCGGUUGUUGAUGACAUACGUCCAGCAAUAUUUCACGGAAGACAUCCUGACUAUCCCCCAUUAUCGUUUGUCAUCACUGCCCACCUAUUACGUGCCUCGCGACGGCUCCUUGGAGUCCUACCGCGACUUUAUCGCGAUUCUGCCGAACAUCGACAAGCCGGAAGCGUUUGGUCAACAUCCAAACGCGGAUAUCGCCUGCCUCAUAAUGGAAACCAGAAACAUGUUUGAGACUUUGAUGAGCCUUCAAAUACAGCAGGUCAACGUCGAAAUGGAUGAGAAGAAAGAAGAAAAAGUAAUGCAUCUCGUGGACGACGUUCUCUCAAAAAUACCGGUAACGAUCGAUUACGAGACAACGGAGAAACUGAUUGGGCCGAAUAAGACACCAUUGGACGUGGUGCUUCUGCAAGAGAUAGGACGCUACAAUGCGUUGUUAAGAAAAACUCGUGAGAGUCUGGAAGAACUUCAACGCGGAAUUAUGGGAUUAGUAGUGAUGUCGCGAGAGUUGGAAGAAAUCUUCGCGUGCAUAUACGAAGGCCGGGUACCGUCUCUAUGGCUGAUCGCAUAUCCGUCUUUGAAACUGCUCGGCGCUUGGACGAGGGAUUUAAUCAAUCGAGUCGAGUACUUCGCCAAUUGGGCUCGAACCACUCAUCCGCCGUUGCUCUGCUGGCUAGCAGCAUAUACAUUUCCGACAGGUUUCCUUACUGCGGUGCUACAAACUUCGGCGAGACUAUGGAACGUAUCUAUCGAUUCGUUGUCAUGGGAGUUUACUGUCUUUUCAACGGACGAGUCCGCCAUAAUCGAGCCACCCACGGAUGGCGCAUAUAUACGCUCUAUUUUUUUGGAAGGCGCCGGAUGGGAUAAAGAAAAUGCCGUUCUCAUCGAGCCCGAGCCCAUGCAACUUAUAUGCAACAUGCCGGUAAUUCAUUUUCGACCCGUCGAGCAAGUUAAAAAGAAAGCCAAAGACCUCUAUAGCUGCCCAUGUUAUUAUUAUCCUCAAAGGAGUGGCGACCAAACAAGACCCGCGUUCGUAGUCGCCGUAGAUCUCAAAGCUGGACCGCAAGGUCCAGACUUCUGGGUGAAACGAGGCACUGCGCUUCUACUGAGUCUAGCCGUAUAAACUUUUCAGUUAUACACGUCAAUUCAUGAUGUCACAAACCUCAGUUUAAUUUUAGCAAUAAUAUAUUCAUAGUAUUCAGCAGUUUGCUUAAAAUAAUUUGUCUUUAUAACAUAUUUUUAUAUUAUUUGUGUUAUAUAAAUGAUUAAUAAAGAUUGAAUCUAUAUUGUUGUGAGAAAUGUGG